AUGUCGGAUAGACGGGACAACUUUCAUCCGCCGUCGCGGGCGGGGGGUGCGGGGGGGAAGGGAAGGGUGGUGAGACGGGAGACGGGUGAAGCUUGCUCUCGUUGUGGGGAAAUCAUGAGGAUGCUACGAUCUUCAACAUCUUAUAAUGGUGAGUCAACAUUCCAAAGAGAGAAGGAGGACCAAUAUCUCGUACGGUAUGCCAUCUCUAUAGUGGAUUUGGAUAUUCCGGAGUCCAGGUUUUUUUCUUCUCAUGUUUCAAUACGGUGCCGGGGAAAGAUGGCGGAUGUCGGAGGUUGA